CAUCUCCAGCUUCUUCUCCUCCGAAUACUGAAGUUGUGAUUUUGUAUCGAAAUAAUUAUUCAAAAAUUAUAAUAAUUAUCAUGACUCUUGUUGCUACUGCCAUCUUAGCCUGGGAGCUUGGGGAAUUUUUUAAACACAGAGGAGAAAAAUCAUGGUGCAGAGAGAAGUCCGUCGUUGCAAAGACAAAUCAUGGUGUGGACUUUACUUCUAUUGCAGCAGCUGUAGAAGCGGCUCCAAAUAACAGCCCCCAAAAAUUCUGUAUCUUAAUCAGAAAAGGGGAAUACUAUGAAAAUGUUUUUAUAGGGCGAGAGAAGACAAACUUGGUCUUCGUUGGAGAAGGCAUGGGGAAGACUACCAUUAUGUCCAACCGAACUGUAGAUGAGGUUCUGAAUGGCACACAAGUAGCAACCUUAUUGGUUAAGGGAAAGGGUUUCAUGGCUCGUGAUCUGACAAUCAAAAGUUCAGCAGCAUCUGACAAAGAUCACAGAGGGGCCCUUGAGAACUGGGCACAUCAGUCGAUAUUUUAUCGUUGCAGCUUCAUGGGCUCCCAUGCCACUAUAUGGGCUUAUGAAGGGCGCCAAUUCUACCGCGACUGCCAAAUACAAGGCAGUCAUUAUUUUAUACAGGGAGAUGCUCCUGCAAUUUUUCAGCAAUGUAGGAUCAAUUCCUUCAAAAUACAUGCUGAAGAAAAGGUGGUGAUUUCAGGGCAGUCACAGAGAAGUCUGAUGUCAAACUCUGCGUUUGUAUUUCACCUAUGUGAGUUCUUUACAAUGCGAAGUGUAAUAGCUUCAUCAGAAGAAACUUACUUAGGCGGUGCACCGGAGGCAUAUUCAAAGACUGUGGUUAUGCAGUCCUUUUUGGAUGCCUCUAUAGCUGGGUGGUUUGUAAAUGAUUCUACACCACAUACGGUGUAUUUUGGUGAAUUCAAUAAUAGGGGACCAGGUGCGAAUUUUAGAACCAACUCACCAUGCAUCCACUUCAUUGAUGACUUGUCCACAGCAUCUCACUUUACUGUGAGAGUCUUUUUGAAUGGAACGAAUUGGUUGCCACAAGAUGUACCCUAUGCUGCUGACAUAGUCUAGUUAAAGCUAUGUAUCUUGUAUUUUGACAAUUCAAUAUGUAAGGUGUAUACUGCCUUAAUGUAUUUCUUCAAAUAGAAUGGUGUUCUUUUGUCCUUUUUUUUUUCAAUUUCAUUUGCUGUGGAAGAGACAUAGAACAAACUACUAUCUGU